AUGGCUGUAAUUUCUUCUAAAGUAAUUAUAGUGCAACAUAUUGCAACCCCGAACGCACUCGAUACGCUUCUUCAAAGCUUCGAUGGAUUGCCAAACAACCCCGCGUCCCUCUACCUCUCUACAACUGCUCAGAAUCUGAUCGUUUACGCUAUCCCAACGUGUACAACUUGCACCGUACGUACUCACAUUCACGAGGUGCAGAUGAUGGAGCUUGCGCUGCGCCGAAGAGGUAUGGACCGCAUGUGGCUUGCAGGGUUUGGCCGGUGCAUUUCCCGGGACUCAAAUCUUGACAUGAACAUGCUCGUGUUUGAAGGCUUUGGCAGAAUCGAUGAUUUCGACGAGCGGAUUCUGCAUUUGCCGGUUUUGUGGAAGAAAUACCACGAUCGGUUGCUUGCAAACCGCAAUGGAGUUGGCGGACCGUUUUGGGUAGCAAGAAUUCGUGAUGCAACACAAAAGCGACUGGCAGUAUCCUGUGGUGAAACUCAUCGAGGAUAUAGCAUCGACAGAGCCAAGAGUACUUGGGACAGAGAAAGCAUAGAAGAGCAGACUGAUUCCUGGAAUGAUGAUGUUAUGAUGGAUGCCAUCACUGGUGGCGAGUGGCUGGGCGGUGCAGAACACUGGGCAAAGUCUGACAUGCUGUAA